AAAAAAUCAUAAAUAACUUUUAUGACCAGUUUACUGAGUGGGGAUUAUUUCGAAGAUUUCAAACUUGAUCUUCUUCAAUUCUACUUCAGUCCGGUGUUGGUGCUAACAGGUUGCUAGGGACAAGGAAAAAAAUGAAGAUCCUUCUUUUAAUAAUGUUCGCUGCAGUAGUGUGUGCUAAUGAUGCUUUGAGAGAUCUUCAGCAAGGAAAUAUCAAGUUUACAUCAUCGUUAUAUCAGCAAAUAAUCAAAGAUAGCCCUGGAAACGUGAUCGUGAGUCCACUGUCUGUGCAGCUCAUCUUGGCGUUAACCCAACUUGGUGCGAAAGGUGACACAGCUCUUGAGUUAACCAAAGGACUUCAUCUUCCUGAUACACCCGAAAAAGUGAAGGAAGCAUUCAAGAUUCUCAUCCCUAAACUCCAAGGGAAUCAAUUUUAUAAAUUGAAUUCCGCGAAUAAGAUAUACAUCAAGGAAAAUUACUCUAUCAACAAGGAGUUCCAAAACCUCGCCCAAGAUGUUUUCGAUGCUGGUCUGGAGAAUAUCGAUUUUGUUGAUACCGUCAGUGCCUCAGAAACGAUCAAUAAAUGGGUGCAGGGAAAAACUAAUGACAAAAUAAAGAAACUUAUCACUCCUGACAUGCUGAAUGCAAUGACCAGACUUAUUUUGGUGAACGCCCUUUACUUCAAUGCCAAUUGGUCUUCACCCUUCGAUACUUAUGGGACUUCAAAAAGGACAUUCUUCAAAUCUGAGAAGGAUGAGAUAAAGGUCGAUACUAUGCAUCUCACAGAAACAUUAAAGUAUGCAGAAAAUAAGGAUUUGGACCUGAAAUUUUUGGAAAUUCCAUAUGAAGGAGAUGAUGUUAGCUUCACUGUAGUUCUACCUAACCAGAAAGAAGGUUUGAGCGCACUUGAAGGCCGACUGAAUGAAGUUUUGAUGCCCCAGAAUUAUUCUUAUGAAAGGGUUAACCUUUUCUUGCCUAAAUUCAAGAUUGAAUCUACAUUCAAACUAAUUCCGGCUUUGAAAGAGCUCGGCAUCAAGAAAGCAUUCGAUGGAGAUCAAGCUGAUUUGUCAGGGCUGCUUUCUCAUGGAGAACCUUUGGUAAUAAGCGAUGUCAUCCAAAAGGCUUUUAUAAACGUUACCGAAACUGGUACAGAGGCAGCAGCUGCUACAGCAGUUGCACUGAAUCGCGUUCUUUUCGAGAAUUCCAUGAGCCCCAUUGAUUUCAAAGUUGAACGGCCCUUCCUGUAUUUCAUAAGAAAAGAGGAUAUAGUACUAUUUCUUGGUCGUAUAACUUCCCCAUCUCUAUAGAGUAUCAUCAAGACUGCAAUUGUGGGCGUUCCUUUAUCCGCUAUUAUUUAUGAUAGAGUCAUAACUGUAGAUGCCAAUAGACCCUUUUUCUUCUUCAUAACUCAUAAAGCAUCGAAAGAAAUAUUAUUGGUUGGUCGUUUCUCAGCUUGAAAGAAGUUAUUAUUUCAUGAUCCUCAUCAUCCACGAACAAUAAAAUAACAGAUUGUCAACGGUCUUAAAUGGAAUAAAUUUCAAAUUAUA